CAAGCAGCCGUGUGAGUCAGCACCCGGACUCAGCUGCAGAACCCCGUUUUGUCGGCAUCGGAUUUCCAGAAACUCAACUUUUAACAUUUUUCCAGGUCUUUUUGGUCAUCUUAUUUAGGUUCUCUACACGAAGAAGAUUUCAUUAUUUUCAGUUUUUCUUUUUUUUUUUUUACAAUUAGCUCUCCAUACUGAGAGCAUCACAUAUUUUUGGAUUUUUUUCCCAGUGACUGUUCAGACAAUGAAGUGUUUUGCUGUUCUAGGUUUUUGGAGAGGCAUUGCUGUGGCGUUGGCCAUGACAAUGUUCCCUGUGAGCAGUGCCUCAGAAUAUGAGUAUGCAGACCCAAGCUGGAAGUCGGACCUGUACACCAGUGGGCGCAUCUAUGACAAGCCACCUCAGUGUGUGGACAUCCCUGAGGACCUGAGACUCUGCCACAACGUUGGCUACGACCAGAUGCUGCUACCUAACCUGCUGGAGCAUGAGACCAUGGCCGAGGUGAAGCAACAGGCUGGGAGCUGGGUGCCUCUGGUGCACAAGAACUGCCAUCCUAGCACCCAGGUCUUCCUGUGCUCCCUGUUUGCCCCAGUUUGCAUGGAGACACCCAUCUACCCUUGUCGCUGGCUGUGCGAGAAUGUCCGAGACGCCUGCACCCCGAUCAUGGAGGCGUUUGGCUUCCCCUGGCCCGAGAUGCUCACCUGCGACAAGUUCCCCCUGGGCGACGUGUGCAUCAGCACCCCUAAUGCUACAGAAGCCUCAAAGCCUUCAGGUUUCUCCCCUGUCUGUCCCCCCUGUGACGACGAGAUGAAGGCUGAUGCUAUUUUGGACCACAUGUGUGCCAGUGAAUUCGCCAUCAAGACCAAAAUCAAGGAGGUCAAAAGGGAACAGAAUGACCGUAAGGUGAUCCUGCAGAAGAAGAAGAAGAUACUUAAGCAAAGCACACUAAAGAAGAAGGACUUAAAGAAGCUCGUGCUGUACCUGAAGAAUGGAGCAGACUGCCCAUGUCAGCAACUAGACAACCUGGGAAACACUUACCUGAUCAUGGGCCGCAAGGUGGACAAGCAGUACCUCCUGACAGGCAUUCACAAAUGGGACAAGUCCAGCAAGGAGUUCAAAAAGACCAUGAAGAAACUCAAGACCCACAAAUGCCCAGCUUUUGAGAAUGUUUUUUAAAUAAUCUGUUUUGUUUAUUUGUUUCGUUUGUUUCUUUUUGCAUCUCAUUAUACACAUGAACUUGCACAACCAAGCAACCCAGAAUAUUGCCUAUAUUUUCAUUGUUUAUAUAAAUAUAUAUAUAUAUAUUUCUAUGUGUAUUUACAGAUUUACCAUUGUAGUGAGUCCCUUAUUUUGUGUGCAGUGGGGCUCUGAUGGUGUAGAACUGGUGACGUUGAAAGAAAAUAAAUGCAGUAGAUUCUUAAAAUAUCAAACAUAAUGGAUCACUUAUGUACAUAACCACAUACAUGUCCAGAGAAUGUUAUAAAAUAAUGAGAAACAUCAUAACAGAAUUUUGAUAUCUCUUGUACAAUUCUGACCUGAGUCAAGAAUUGGUCAUUGUGAUCACCAGAAGUGAAGUGGAAUGGUAAAGGCCAUACAUACAGACAAUACUUCCAUCAUCCCAUAACCAUCACCACAACAUAUCACUGUGACAGCGUGUCCUAACAGCAUGUGAUGAGAGCGAACAUUAGUGAUAAAAUCUGUUUUAAUUACAUUGUUUUCAAUUGGAAUGUCCUGACAAAAUGCAAUGCGAAGCAGUACUGUGCAAUGCGACAUUUUGAGAACUUUUUUCAGAUGCCCCGUUUCCAUUUUCUUUCUGUCGCUAGCAUUGCUCUGCUACUUUGAAUAAGAAAUAUGACUCAAUAGAAGGGUAUAUUUAACAGAUUCAGUGUGGACAGAUAGCAUUAAAUGCUACAAGACAGUCGCUCGCUCGGAUCCUGUUAGGACACAUUGUUACUUAAGACUCUGAUAUAUAAAACUCAGACAUACAAGUUGAGUCAUAAGAAUGUUCAGAAUCGCUAUGUACUGUGAAGUAGUCUCAAGGAUGUCCAUCUUUUUAGUGAUGUCAUUGUGCGUUUAACUCGUAUUUUUGGGACAAAUCAAAUGAGAACAAAUGUACGUGCUAUAUUUCUUAAUUUCAUUUUUUUGUGAUUUAGCCCAUCAGAUAAAAUAGCUCUAGGAAGUAAUGAAAUAAUGAAUAGGGCCUACUGGUUAAGCACAUACAUUUUUAAAACAGGAUAGAAAUGGCAUGCAAAUCACUGUCAUCUUAAUCCCAUACAUGGUUAGUUAGUUUGAAACCUGUUCUGAAAAGUGACUACCCCAAAACUUAAAUACAGAAAAGUGAAGAUAUGCCAGUCUAAUUCCUUGGACUCAUGGACUGUUAUGUAUACAUGACUCAAGACAACACAAAUUUACCGAUGUGCAUACACUGCACUCAAACAUGAGUCUAAAUGGUAAAUGUCUGUCCAAGAUUAAACCAUCGUUCUGUAGCUUGAAAUGCACUGUUUUGUGUCCUAAAAUCACUUAGAAGAAAUGGUUAGUGACAUGACCAUGUGCCCCCCAUGCAUUGAAAUGUAAAUGUAUAAGACAGAAUCAAAGGUGUUUAAUUAUAUGCUUGAUUUGUAUGUAUGUCACCAAGUGUCAUGUCCCUGCUAUUUUCUAUGUAAGAGCAACACGUCUAUAAGUUGAUAGUUUCAUUAGUGCACCUCAAUUGUAUACAAUCCUGUACAAUCAGCUUGUGUUUUGUCAAACAGUUUCUAAGUAUAACAACCCCAACAAUUAGGUAAUGAUGACUAAUGGAUAAUUACAGUUUAAUAGCAGACAGAACAUCUGGUCACAGAUAGGGCUUAAAUUCUAAAAAGGCAAAGGCCUUACAUGGAGCCUUGGUGUACAAAUCACAAGAAAGAAACUGACUUGUUGACUACAUCCAUUAUUGUGACUUUUUUUAAACUCUGCUCUACUACAGUAAAACUUUAUAAAACAUAUCUGCUGUAAAUACACAUACGUGAAUAAAAAGAGGUAAUAAUGA